UGUUGGUGGUCCAGACCUGACUGAGGAUGACUUGGAGAAUGAGGAUAGUUUUCCAAUUGCUGUAAAUGAUGGAAGUCAACAAGUACUUGGACCAGCUUUUACUGAGCAUCGAAAACGGCUAAGUUAUUUUAGUUGAUGUUUUUGAAAGGCCAGACCUUUUUUUAUGAAUGAUAUCAAGAAAAAAGAAAUUUAGAUCCAAACAGGAUUUGAGGAAUUACAUGAUGCAACUGAAUAUUUCAACAAUAUGUCAAAAGAGUUUAAAGGAUAAAGUGAAACGAGAAUUUAAGCAAGCAGAUUGGAAUAAACGUUAAGAAUAAACAUGCAGAAUGAACAAUAUGAAAAACCUUCAAAGCAGUAUAUAAGAACUAUUAAGUAAUAAAACUGAAGAAUGACUAGAAAUGUCUAUAAUUUGUAUGAUGAGGCUUUACUUAUCAGAAGACAACCGUAGUUAAAACAAAAACUGUUUCACCUGCUAUGUUAUUACUGAACAUACUGGACUUUCUCAAACGUCAUUAAAAGGUACAGAGAAGGGGAACCUUCUGGUGUAAGAAAGUUUACGUUAUUGAACGUUAAGACAGUAAUUGACAGACAGUUGAUCUGUAUGCUUAUUUAAUAGUUUUCCUAGUUUUAUAACAGAAAAAUUUAUUAUCUAGUGUUAUUUACCAAUUGUUAAUUUUAUUACGAACAGAAUCGUUUGUUAAUCGUCAUAAUUGACAAUGUUAUCAAACGUUGAUAAUAAAAAAAUAUAUUUUGAUGUUGGAACAUGUCUAAUAUAUAAUGUUUAAAAGAUAAUAUAUUUAAUGAACUGGAUUAGAUUUAAAAUUUGUUAAAAAAUCAUCGAUAUUCAAUGUUCAAAAAUAGAAAAUUGUGAUUUCUUUAUUUGUUAAUGAGUAUAUUGAAAGAUAUUAAAAUGAUGAGAAGACUAAAAAGAUUUGUUUUAGUCCAAAGUGAUGAAAAAGAUACCAUUUGGAAGAGUUCUGAUAAUUUUUACAUUGGUUCCUCAAGGAACAGUGAAAAAAGUGAUGAUGAAGACACAUCAUCUAAAUAUAAUGAAGAAGUUUCUUUAUCGAAUAAUCAAAUGAUGAGCUACUUGGAAGUACCAACAACAUCGUCAACACUUCAGCCCAGCAUGUCGCAGGGUACGGUGAUGAUCCAGACUCAAAAUCGUUUACAAGAAAAAGAUUUCACAGUUGCAACCCCUGAAGAAUUUGUUCAUCGUUUUAAUGGUACAAAAGUCAUCAAUAAAGUUCUUAUUGCGAAUAAUGGAAUAGCAGCAGUGAAAUGUAUGCGUUCAAUACGAAGAUGGUCUUAUGAGAUGUUUAAAAAUGAACGUGCUGUCAGAUUUGUUGUUAUGGUUACUCCAGAAGAUCUUAAAGCUAAUGCUGAGUAUAUUAAAAUGGCAGAUCAAUAUGUACCAGUACCAGGUGGAUCGAAUAACAAUAAUUAUGCUAAUGUAGAACUGAUUGUCGACAUUGCCAUGCGAACACAAGUCCAAGCAGUCUGGGCUGGAUGGGGACAUGCUUCUGAGAAUCCUAAGUUACCUGAAUUACUUCAUAAAAAAGAUAUUGCCUUUAUUGGACCAUCAGAAAGAGCCAUGUGGGCAUUGGGAGAUAAAAUAGCAUCAAGUAUUGUCGCUCAAACUGCUGAUGUUCCAACUUUGCCUUGGUCAGGAUCAGAACUAAAAGCUCAAUAUAGUGGGAAAAAAAUCAAAAUAUCAUCAGAGUUAUUUAAAAAAGGCUGUGUAUCAACUGUAGAAGAAUGUUUAGCUGCUUCUAAAAAAAUUGGUUUCCCUGUCAUGGUGAAAGCUAGUGAAGGAGGUGGAGGUAAAGGAAUCCGUAAAGUAGAAAAUGCUGAAGAAUUGCCAACACUUUUCAGGCAAGUUCAAACCGAAGUACCUGGAUCUCCUAUUUUUAUUAUGAAACUCGCUAAAUGCGCACGACACUUGGAGGUACAAUUGUUGGCUGAUAAUUAUGGAAAUGCUAUUUCAUUGUUCGGUCGUGACUGUUCUAUACAGAGAAGACAUCAAAAAAUUAUUGAAGAAGCACCAGCGGUAAUCGCUAAGCCAGAAGUAUUUGAAGAAAUGGAAAAAGCUGCUGUGAGAUUAGCAAAAAUGGUAGGUUACGUUAGUGCUGGAACAGUAGAAUAUCUUUAUGAUACUGCUGGUCGGUAUUACUUUUUGGAGUUAAAUCCUAGAUUGCAAGUUGAACAUCCAUGUACUGAGAUGGUGUCUGAUGUAAACUUACCAGCAGCACAACUUCAAAUAGCUAUGGGAUUACCGUUGCAUCAUAUCAAGGAUAUUCGUUUAUUGUAUGGAGAAAGUCCAUGGGGAGACAGCCCAAUAGAUUUCGAUCAACCUCGACAUAAACCUCAACCUUGGGGCCACGUAAUAGCAGCAAGAAUUACCAGUGAAAAUCCAGAUGAGGGAUUUAAACCAAGUUCUGGUACGGUGCAGGAACUUAAUUUCCGAUCAUCAAAAAAUGUCUGGGGAUACUUUUCUGUUGGAGUGUCAGGUGGACUUCAUGAAUUUGCGGAUUCACAAUUUGGCCAUUGUUUUUCGUGGGGAGAAGAUCGUAAUCAAGCUCGUGAAAAUCUAGUAAUAGCGUUGAAAGAACUGAGUAUUCGUGGAGAUUUUCGUACUACUGUUGAAUAUUUAAUUACACUAUUAGAAACAGAGAGUUUUCAAACUAAUAAUAUUGAUACUGCAUGGUUAGAUGCUUUGAUUGCAGAACGAGUUAAAAGUGAUAAACCGGACGUUUUGUUAGCAGUGACAUGUGGUGCUCUUCAUAUUGCUGAUAGAACAAUAACUGCAGCUUUCUCUGGUUUUCAAACAGCAUUAGAAAAAGGUCAAAUUCAAGCAAGUAAUGAUUUGAAUAAUGUUGUUGAUGUUGAAUUAAUUAAUGAUGGCUGGAAAUAUAAAGUUCAAACAUCUAAAAGUGGUCCUAACAGUUAUUUCUUAGUAAUGAACAACUCUUACAAAGAUAUUGAAGUUCAUCGACUGUCAGAUGGUGGUUUAUUACUUUCUUUAGAUGGUGCUAGUUUUACUACUUACAUGCGUGAAGAAGUUGAUCGUUACAGAAUAAUUAUCGGGAAUCAAACAUGUAUUUUUGAAAAAGAUAAUGAUCCGUCACUGUUGCGAUCACCGUCAGCUGGUAAACUCAUUAGUUUUCUCGUGGAAGAUGGAGGACAUGUUGAUGCAGGUCAAGCAUAUGCAGAGAUAGAAGUGAUGAAAAUGGUAAUGACUGUAACAGCCAGUGAAGCAGGAAGUGUUUUCUAUGUCAAAAGACCCGGAGCUAUUCUUGAAGCAGGAACACUUAUCGCCCACUUAGAAUUAGAUGAUCCAUCUCUCAUAACAAAAGCUCAAGAAUAUACUGGGCAAUUUCCUACAGCUGCUACUCCAGCUAUUCCGGAAAAAUUAAAUCUUCUUCACAUUAAAUAUCGUGCAGCAUUGGAAAAUACUUUAGCAGGCUAUUGUUUACCUGAUCCAUAUCAUCUUCCAAGGCUUCGUGAAUUGAUAGAAAAAUUCAUGGGCUCUUUAAGAGACCCUAGUUUGCCUCUUCUUGAACUUCAGGAAGUAAUAUCAACAAUUUCAGGGAGAAUUCCUGUAUCUGUAGAGAAAAAAAUCCGAAAAUUGAUGACUUUGUAUGAAAGAAAUAUUACAUCAGUCUUAGCACAAUUUCCGAGCCAACAAAUAGCUGCAGUAAUUGACAGUCAUGCUGCUACAUUGUCCAAACGGUCUGAAAGAGAUGUAUUUUUCCUUACAACUCAGGCAAUCGUUCAAUUAGUCCAAAGAUAUAGAAACGGAAUACGAGGUCGCAUGAAAACAGCUAUACAUGAAUUGUUGCGUCAAUAUUAUGCAGUGGAGAGUCAAUUCCAACAGGGUCACUAUGAUAAAUGUGUUUCUGCGCUUAUCAAGCAGUAUAAAGAUAAUAUGGUGAUGGUGACUAACACUAUUUUCAGUCAUAAUCAAGUUACUAAGAAGAAUGUGUUGGUGACAAUGUUGAUUGAUCACCUGUGGGCUAAUGAACCUGGUCUUACUGAUGAGCUUGCUAGUACAUUGACUGAAUUAACAAGUUUAAAUCGAGCGGAGCACUGCAGAGUUGCACUUCGUGCACGACAAGUUCUUAUUGCAGCUCAUCAACCAGCUUAUGAAUUAAGACAUAAUCAAAUGGAGUCAAUAUUUUUGUCAGCUGUUGAUAUGUAUGGUCAUGAUUUCCAUCCUGAAAACCUUCAGAAAUUAAUUCUCUCAGAAACAUCAAUUUUUGAUAUCCUUCAUGAUUUCUUUUAUCACACAAACCGAGCUGUUUGCAAUGCAGCUUUAGAAGUUUACGUAAGAAGAGCAUAUAUCAGUUAUGAAUUUACAUGUCUCCAACAUUUAGAGUUAUCAGGAGAAAUUCCUUUGGUUUAUUUUCAAUUUCUUCUACCAAGUAAUCAUCCUAAUAGGCAAAAUCAAGCUCUUGUUAAUCACCGAACAGGUGCAGUAGCUGCGUUCCAAAAUUUAGAACAAUUUAGCCAGUAUGCUGAUGAAGUAUUAGAUCUUCUUGAAGAUUUAUCAUCUCCUACUUCAUUAUCGACUAAAGUUCUUGAAGCUGUUGAUGCAGCAGGCAGUGAAUCAAGACAUAGUACAUCUAUCAAUGUGUCUCUCAGCAUUGCUGAAGGUGGUCCAGUUGAAAUUAGAGAAAAAUCAACAGAACCAGUCCAUAUUUUAAGUAUUACCGUUCAAGAUAACGGGAAUCAAGAUGACGCAGCGAUGGCUAGAUUAUUUGGAGAUUGGUGUGCUGCCAAUAAAGAAGAACUUUUCUCUCGAGGAAUUCGAAGAGUGACAUUUGCCGCUUUACAAAAACGUCAAUUUCCCAAAUUCUUUACGUUCCGUAACCGGGAUGGAUUUGUUGAAGAUAGGAUUUAUCGACAUCUAGAGCCUGGAUGUGCAUUCCAGCUUGAACUUAAUAGAAUGAGAACUUAUGAUUUAGAAGCAUUACCAACAUCCAAUCAGAAAAUGCAUCUUUAUCUAGGAAAAGCUAAAGUUGCUAAAGGUCAACAGGUUACAGAUUAUCGAUUCUUCAUCCGAUCAAUCAUUCGUCAUUCAGAUUUAAUUACCAAGGAAGCUAGUUUUGAUUAUCUUCAUAAUGAAGGCGAGAGAGUUCUUUUAGAAGCUAUGGAUGAGUUAGAAGUUGCAUUCUCACAUCCUCUAGCUAAACGAACCGACUGUAAUCAUAUAUUUCUUAAUUUUGUCCCUACUGUGAUCAUGGAUCCUGCAAGAAUUGAAGAAAGUGUCACUAGCAUGGUUUUACGAUAUGGACCAAGACUAUGGAAGCUUCGGGUUCGUCAGGCAGAGAUCAAAAUGACUAUUCGUCCAGCUCCAGGUAAACCGACAUCAACAGUUCGUUUAUGUAUUGCUAAUGACAGUGGAUACAGUAUUGAUUUACAUUUAUAUACGGAAACAACUGAACCUAAGACCGGAAUUAUUCGUUUCGAAUCUUAUAAUUCAUCAAAUGCUAACAGAAGACCAGGACCUAUGCAUGGAUUGCCAGUUUCUACACCUUAUUUAACCAAGGAUUAUCUUCAAGCAAAAAGAUUUCAAGCACAAAGUACGGGAACGACCUAUGUUUAUGAUCUUCCUGAUAUGUUCCGUCAACAGUUGGAGAAGGCUUGGACUAAGUUUAUUGAAGAGCGGCCUAAUAUGGAGAUACAGAUGCCUAAUCCUGUGAUGGACUAUGCUGAAUUGGUUUUAGACGGAGAUACUCUAGUGGAGCAAAAAAGACUACCAGGGGAAAAUGAUGUCGGAAUGGUAGCUUGGAGAUUAACGUUAUAUACCCCAGAAUAUCCAUCUGGCCGUGAUAUCAUCCUUAUUUCAAAUGAUGUUACAUAUCUAAUAGGAUCUUUCGGACCUAAAGAAGAUCUUGUAUUCUAUCGAGCUUCUGAAAGAGCUAGAGAAUUGGGAAUACCUAGAGUAUACUUCAGCACAAAUUCUGGAGCACGUAUUGGUCUUGCUGAGGAAGUUAAAGGGUCUUUUAAAAUAGCAUGGGAGGAUGAAAAAGAACCAGAAAAGGGUUUCAAAUAUAUUUAUUUAACUCCUGAUGAUUAUGCUCGCUUAGCACCUUUUAAUUCUGUCAAAGCUUCGCUUAUUGAAGAUGGCGGAGAAGCAAGAUAUAAAAUUACUGACAUCAUUGGUAAAGAAGAUGGUCUAGGGGUUGAAAAUCUUAAAUAUGCAGGAUUAAUUGCUGGAGAAACAUCUAGAGCUUAUGAAGAAAUUGUUACAAUCUCUAUAGCAAGCUGUAGAGCAAUUGGGAUUGGAUCUUAUUUACUUCGACUUGGCCAGAGAGUUAUUCAGGUUGAAAAUUCUCCGAUUAUUCUUACUGGAUAUCGAGCACUUAAUACAAUACUUGGUCGAGAAGUAUAUGCUAGCAAUAACCAACUUGGUGGUGUUCAGAUCAUGCAUCAUAAUGGAAUAUCUCAUGUAACUGCUCCAAGAGAUCUUGAUAGUAUUGCUAUUGUUUUAAAUUGGAUCAGUAUGGUGCCUAAAAAUAAAGGAGGACCGUUACCCAUUAUUAGCCCGGUAGACCAGAUAGACAGAGAAAUUAGUUAUGUCCCAACAAAAACACCUUAUGAUCCUAGAUGGAUGCUUGAAGGAAAAUCAACUGGUGAUCCAGCAGUAUGGGAGUCUGGGUUCUUUGAUCGUGGAUCUUGGGAAGAAAUUAUGCAACCUUGGGCUCAAACAGUGGUCACAGGCCGAGCGAGACUUGGUGGUAUCCCUUGUGGUGUUAUUGCAGUAGAAACAAGAACUGUAGAGAUACAUUUGCCUGCUGAUCCUGCGAAUCUUGAUUCUGAAGCAAAAACUAUUUCACAAGCGGGUCAGGUUUGGUAUCCUGACAGUUCCUACAAGACUGCACAAGCUAUUAAGGAUUUCAACAGAGAAGAGUUACCGUUAUUUAUCUUUGCUAAUUGGAGAGGAUUUUCGGGUGGUCAGAAAGAUAUGUACGAGCAAAUUAUGAAGUUUGGAGCAUACAUUGUUGAUGGUUUAAGAGAGUACACCAAGCCAGUAUUCAUCUACAUUCCACCUAAUGGAGAAUUGAGAGGAGGAGCAUGGGCUGUUGUCGAUCCUACAAUAAAUCCACGGUAUAUGGAGAUGUUUGUAGACAAUACCAGUAGAGGUGGAGUGUUAGAACCAGAAGCUAUUGUGGAAAUUAAAUUCAAGAAUAAAGAUAUUCUCAAAACCAUUCAGAGGUUGGAUCCUGUUAUUCAAAAUCUCAAGGAAAAAUUAACACAUUUAGUAUCAUCAGAAGAGCGAGCAAAUAUCGAAAUGGAAAUGCGUACUAGAGAGCGUGUCUUAGAACCAAUGUAUCGUCAAGCAGCUAUACAUUUCUCAGAUCUUCAUGACACCCCUGAGAGAAUGUUAGAAAAAGGUGCAAUUAACGACAUCAUACCUUGGCGCAAAGCUCGACAAUCACUUUAUUGGCGUUUGCGUCGACGAUUACUUGAGGAAGAAGUACGAAAUGAAAUUUUAUCAACCCAACCAAGUCUAGAUGUGAGACAAGUAGAUGCGAUGUUGAGACGUUGGUUUAUCGAAGAUCGAGGAACAAUCGAGUCUUACAUUUGGGACCAGGAUGAAAAAAUAGUAGAGUGGCUUCAAAAUCAACGAUCUAAUGAAGAUAGUGUAAUUAUGCGUAAUAUCAAUUGUGUAAAACGUGGUGCAGUAGUUACACAAGUUAAAGAUGCUUUAGAAAAGUGUCCUGAAGUUCGUCUAGAUGCAGUUCUUGAAAUUUCACACAGACUUAGCCCUUCGGAGCGUGCAGAGCUCCAACGUACUUUAGCACAAAUGGACUCUUCAACAGUUCAAGAGCAUCAUAAUGAUUCAAGUGGUUCAUCGUAAUACUAGGAUUUUAUUCAUUGAUGGGUACCUGUUGAAUUUCACACUAAGACACUUUAUAACAUAAUUGAUUAACAUUCACUUCUUGUGAAUUGAUUAUUCAAUUCACUGCAAACUAGCCAUUGAUUUGUAAAUGUUACCGAUCAGUUGUUAAUAUUUCUCUGAGAAUUUUGUUAGCGUAUGUGUGUUGAUUGUUUCUUGGAUACCUUGAUCCAAAAGAUGAAUAAAUAAUGAGAAAACUUUAUCAAACGUGAGUGUGAAGAACUUGUGCUGAAUUCGUGUUUUUAAAUUGGAAAAGACAAAAGAAACAGAUAUUUAUUUUUAGAUACAAAUACAGUUUGUAUUGCGAUUUGUUAUUGCUAUCAAAUGCUCACAGCGGUGUGAGUUGGUGCUGUAAACAAAUUAAAAAAUAAAUGGGAUAAAUAAUAUUGUACAAAAAAUUCAUUUGUAUAUCUAAAUGAUUAUACCGAUGAUGUUUAAUGAAUUAAAUAAAUAAUGAUUGUAUACU